UCGGCUUUUGAAAGCGGGUUCGCUUUCAAAACCCUCGCUGUUCCCCCAAAACCUUUGCCCCUCUCCCCGCCCCCACCGCCGCUUCCCACUACCCUCUCCUCUCUUCCUCACCCCCGCCUUGCCGCCUCUUCUCGUACGCUCUUCCCUCCUUCGUUGCCGAUCUGCGAUUUCUCUCCGACUGUUCUCCCCUUCCCCAACUCGUCCGAUCUCGGGGGAGAUGGUGUUGGCUUCGAGGCUCGACGGUGGGACUCAGACAAUCUCCUUCCGCGUCCGGAAGACCAUACAAUCCAUCAAGGAGAUCGUUGGCAACCACUCCGAUGCCGACAUCUACGCCGUGCUCAGAGAGACCGGCAUGGAUCCCAACGAGACCGCGCAGAAAUUGCUCAACCAAGAUCCAUUUCAUGAGGUCAAAAGGAAAAGGGACAGAAAGAAAGAGAAUACAGGUUACAGGGCUUCUGUUGAUACAAGAAUUCGAACAGUCCAUAAGAUACAAAAGGAAAAAUCUCAAGCAUCUUGGGGUCAAAAUGCUAAAAGAGGGAGUUAUCCUCGAAAUCCUGUACCUGGACCCAACCGAGAAUUCCGUAUUGUGAGGGACAAUAGAAUGAAUCAGAGGGGGAAUGAGGAUGUUAAACCUGAAUCACUUCAGAAUUCAUCUUCUGGCAGUGAGCAUGUGAUUUCGAAUGUUCCAGAGAAGGGCUCUACUGGAAUUUUAACUGACCAAAAGCAAUCAGCUGCAAGAAAUUCAGAGGAACAAAUGGUAACUCAAGGUUUGAAUGGUCAGUGUGAUUCUGGGCCAGGUCAUGCCAAAGACGUGAAGUCAACUAGAAAUCGUAGUACUGCCUCAAAUUUGACUACAGUGGGGCAAAGAAGGAUCGAAAAUGAUUCUCAAGUGCUCUCUCCGACAUUGGCAUCAACCAACUCUGUCAUUGGAAUGUCCUCUUCAUCCUCUGACCCAGUUCAUGUUCCAUCUCCUGAUUCUAGAUCAGCUGGAACUGUUGGGGCAAUUCGACGUGAAGUUGGAGUAGUUGGUGUUCGGAGACAGUCAUCUGAUCGCCCAGUAAUAAAAUCUUCAUUUUUAAAUAGUUCAGCUUCAGUUUCAUUAUUGAAGGAUAAUGCUUCCUCAACAGCAUUUUCUGGAAGCUCCGUUCCCACAUCAAAGAGCAACCAAUUUACGCAGUCCUCUUCAUUGGAGCCUAUUAUGCCUAGCAUGUCUAUUACCAGAUCAAUUUCAUCCGGCCAGUCUAAUGGAAAAUUACAUCAUCUGCCUGCGGGCCAUCAGAAAGUGACACAACCCAGCAUGGAGUGGAAGCCAAAACCAAGCCCAAAACUUGGUACUGUCAGCCAUGGUGUUAAUGAAACAACUGCUCCUCCAUCUUGUGCUAAUGUUUCUUCAGGCUCAGACCGGGAAGACUUAGCUGGCUUGUCUGAGAAGCUUUCACAAGUUAACUUUUUUGGAGAUGAACAUGUGAUCAUACCUGAGCAUCUUCGAGUCCCAGAGACUGAAUGGACACAGCUGAUUUUUGGCAGUUUUGGAGAUGGAUUUGAUUCUGCAAAGGGCCUUCCAUCUGCUUUACAGGCACAAGGAAAUGCAGAAGAGUCGAGUGAUGGACCUUCUGUGAGUUUGUCUGCAUCAGUUCCGGUGGGUUCCAGUGAGGAUGCUUCUGCAGCUAAGACAGAUCCAGUGGACUCUGAAUUAGGAACUUCUCGAUCUCAUUCUCCAGCAACAGAAGGAGAAGAGAAACCAGUGCCUGGAAAAAAGGAUACUUUGAGUCCUCAAAAUAUUGACAAUUAUGCUGAUAUUGGAUUGGUUCAAAGCAAUAGUCCUUCCUACAGUGCAUCUGAACCACAACUACAAAAUAAUCCAAGCUUGCCAAGUUUCACUGCAUAUGACCCCCAAACUAGGUACGAUCUGCCAUUUUUCAGAACAGCAAUUGACGAUGCUGUACAGGGGCAGGAUAUAGCAUCAGCUACUGAGCAGGUCCACAGCUCGCACCCAACAAACAGCACCCAGAUGUCCACUGUGACCACCGUGCAACAACAGCAGCCGAUCCAACAACAGCAACAGCAGGUUGCGCAACUGUAUCCCCAGGUCCACAUAUCACACUUCCCUAAUUUUAUGCCAUACCGUCAAGUCUUCUCUCCAGUAUAUGUGCCACCAAUGGCAAUGCCAAACUAUUCUAGCAAUGCUGCAUACCCUCACCCUCAAAAUGGCAGCAACUAUCUGGUGAUGCCUGGUGGGAACUCUCACAUAACUGCCAGUGGCAUGAAGUAUGCAACAUCACAGUACAAGCCAGUUCCUGCUGGAAGUCCUAAUGCAUAUGGAAAUUAUUCCAAUCCAUCUGGCUUCACCAUGAGUGCCCCUGGCACUGCUGGGAGCACCAGUGGUCUUGAUGAAGCAUCCAGGAUUAAAUACAAAGACAACAGUUCAUACGUCCCAAACCCACAGGCUGAGACUUCCGAUAUUUGGAUCCAGACCCCUAGGGACCUUCCAAAUUUGCAAUCAGCCCCAUUCUAUAAUUUAUCAGGACAAGCAGCAGCACCCCAUGCAGCAUACUUGCCAACCCAUGCCGGCCACGCCUCAUUCAAUGCAGCAGCACAGACUUCUCAUGUGCAGUACCCAGGCAUGUAUCAUUCACCGCAGCCGGCCUCUAUGGCCUCCAUUGCAAGCCCUCAUCCCCUGGUACACCAGCAGAUGCAACCAGGCCUGGGUGGGAAUGUAGGGGUCGGCGUGGCGGCACCCGGAGCUCAGGUGGGAACUUAUCAGCAACCCCAGCUCAGUCACCUUGGUUGGACGGCCAACUUUUGAAAGAACUCUGUCCAAUCUCCACCUUGUGAUCAUUUGGAUUUAGCCUUUAUAUGUAGGCAGAUAAUUAAGCUCAAGUUGUAAUGCAAGUAACUGUUCUUCUGGUUAAUCUAUGGCAAGUUAUAGCGUCACCGUUUCUUUUUCGUC